UUGGGUACGCGCUCUAGAAGAGCGCUAUAGAGUGCUGCAUAUUUCUUAUCCGUCUGUUUUGUGUUUUUUACGGUGAUCAGUUUCAAAAGCUUGAAAGUCUGACUCGGAAUAACUAAAGUGGCCGUAGUAGUUGUCGGCUAAGAUAGCGAGCAGCGUAGCGCCGAUAGAUUUUCUUUUCUUAAGUUUCAGCUGUUUGAAAUAUUACUUAGCUAACGAUGGUAAGGUGAUAGACUUCGACAACUUAAGGUCGGCUUGCUAGCUAACUAGUGACACGGUGUUCCUUCCAUCAUAGCACUGCGCCCAUCUAUUUAGGUGGUAAAUGCAAUGGAUUAGCUAACCGAUUGCAGAUAUGGCCAAGCCGGAGCUUUCUAAACAGCACAAGGGAAUUUCAUCUGGGAGGCUCAUCAGCUCAGCAAGGGUCCCGGUACGGAAAAAGAAAGUGUCUGGAAGACAACUACCGGCUGCAGAUCCAAGAUACUCACUCUACUCCUCUGACUCUGAGGAUCAGGUUACGACCAUACACAAAGGUUUAGACCGCUGUGCUGCUUUACUAAAUGGUUUUCUUCAGACUGAAAACACAGAUACCAAGCCAUCAAGACUAGGAAAAUCAGUUCCCCCAAAGCCCACACAAAAAUUUACAGCAGGAAAAGGUGAGAAAAAGAAGAAGAGGCCCACAAAGAAGACUAGCUCCAACAUCCAAAUACCAGCUGUCAUUCAGAAAACUGAUUCAUCCUCCCAGACGAUCCCUGGAUUCCUGGAGCAUCAGUCUUUCCCUUCAGGGCAGAACUCGGUCAGACAGCCAUUUCUGGCAUGGGAGGUCCAGCCCCCCCCAGAGGCCAGUCCUGCCACGUGUGGGCAUGUCAACCCACAGAUGGUCCUGCCUACCAACCAGAAGCCAACUAAUUACAUCCUACCUCCUCCACCAGAACCGCAGAAUUACACGUCAACUGUUUUCAACUCCCGCCUGACCACCUCCACUCCCACCUUGACCCCGCAUAAGUCCAGUAAUUCAGUGUACAGCGAGCUUCCACAGCAAAGCCUUGCGCCAGGAGGGCUGGUGCCAUCAGACUGCGCCCCACAAACAGCAUGGGCAGCGCUGCUACCUUUCCACGUGCCCCAUGCCCAGCCACAGCCUGCGGUAACCGUCCCGCAUGUGGAACAGCAGCCAAGCAGCCAAACCCCAGCGCCGUGGUCCGAUGGAGGUUCAGAGUACAGCAAACGGAGUACUGCUGAGGACAGGACUGAGUCUGCGGACAUGACCCUCGUCAACGACACCCCAGUGAAAGACACCAGCUGCCAAACAAGCUUUGAGAAGUGUGUGGUGCACCCCGAGGCUGAAAACACAAGCCCGGGCAAAACUGCCAAGAAAAUCAUGACCCUGAAAAACCUUCUCGGGGACCUCAAGGCCAUUGUGGCUGGUCAAGAGGAUGGUGUGGCUCUGCGUCUGGUCACGGAGGUUGAGCAGAACGUCUGCACGCUUCCUGCCGUAGUGGGCAAUACCAGCAUCCAGGCAGAGAUUGCUCUGUCACUUCAGCCCCUGAGGAGUGAGAACGCGCAGCUGCGGAGGCGCCUGAGAAUAGUCAAUCAGCAGUUGAUGGAACGUGAAAGAGCCGAGAAAGAGGCCCGGCCAGUCGACUGUAACUUGGAAUUGAUCUCCCUGCAGUCCAUGAACGUGUCCCUGCACAGCCAGCUGAAGGAGACUCAAAGAGAGAUGCAGGCUCUGCAGAGGGAGAACCAGGAACUACAACAGAAGAACAGCCAAUUACAGCAAGCCCUGCGGGACAAAGACUGGGAGCUGCAGCAGAGCAGGAAGCAGUGUGAGCUGGUCACCAGCUGCAUCAAAAGGGAUUUGGAUGAUACCAUUUUGGAGAUGAAAAGCUCGCAGUCUACACCAGAGGAACCUGAAAAGGAGAACGCCUGCCUGAAUGUCGGCCUCCAGCCAAGGGCAUCUGGUGCCAGCAGACUGCAACAGCUGACCAGAGACAUGUCAAGAGUUGCCUCAGAGCUUCCUUUAUUAAAGAACGACACAACCAAACCUAGUUUGCACCUCACAACAGCUUUGGACCAGUAUGAAGGUCCAGAGAAGGAGGGUCCUCCACAUGAUCCUGUCCCUGACUCCAUAAAGAAGUACCUGAAGAUGUUAGAGUCAAGCGGCCUCACUUCCUCUCCCGGAGACAUUCAGUGCAUCUCUGAGAACACUGCUCCUCAGCCAGACUGGUCCAAGAUACAGAGUUCUAAAUUACCAGAGGAAAAGCCCUGCUCACCAAAAAGCAGGCCUGCCAUGUCAGCAUCUGAAAAGGGUCUCGGUUUGAGUCUGGACGAAGACCCAGAGCUGAAGAAGACCACGUAUGUUCCGCUGAAAGAAACAAUGAAAAAACAACCAUUAGGUGACAUCGAAAGACCAUCUCCUGUGGGGAGUCUGAAUGGCGUGAAGUCAUCGGAAGAGAGAAAUGAGAUACAGGAUGAAAUCAAAGGAAGUGUCUCGAAGGGCUUGACCCAAACCUUUAAAAGGAUGCAUGUCUCAAAGCUGCCCUUUGACCACAUGCCAGUUAUUGAUGACCUUAUCGGAGAUAUCCCAACCACGGUCUUCAGUAUGACCUAUCCAUCCAGCAGUCAAAAUGUUGUCCCUCCACACAAUCCCCAGCUCCUUCUGCCUAGUGAGAAUGGCAAGAUGCUCGGAGGGAGACUGUCAGGGCUGGACUCCACCCUCUCGUCCUGUGACAUCAAGUCUGUGGCUUCCGACUGGAGCCUGAGCACCUGGUCAACAUUCAACACCUGGGAUGAGCAGGACUUCAGGAAGGGCUUAGCAGCUCUGGAUGCCAGUAUAGCUAGCCUCCAGAAGACCCUCCAGUCAGACCUGAAAAGAUGAAUUUCACA